AUGUUUCUGGAUUCUAAUCAAUUACAAGGUGUUAUUUUAGUAAAAGAUUCUUCCUCAUGUUUUGGAGAGCCUAUCGUGUAUUCUUUAACCAAACAAAAUAAGGUCGUAGUCGUAACUUUAAAAGGUCGAAAAGACCAACUCAUUAACAGAUAUGCGUGUAGAGUAGAUGAGAAUUCCUUCGUCUACUUCGAUGACUUCUCGAGGUUGUCUGUUCUGAAAGAAAACAUCCUCAAGUCCUCAUCUAACAAUGGCUUAUGUGUCAUUGAUUGUAUAGAAAUUCUUUUAGAUAUUUACGGAGUAGAUUCAGUUGCCAUGUUGAUGAAUGAUUUGAAAGAUUAUUUUAUGGUCGUUGCCGCUUUCUGUCAUUAUCAAACUGUGAGUCUAAACCAAUGGAACAGGCUCUGUUCAAUCGCUGAUAGUUUCCUGGAUGUUUACAAAGAGGGAUCUCUCUUUCUGUCAAACAUCACUUCUAUAAAGAAAAAUGGAAAGCUACAAGCCUUGCAAGAAUCUUUUACGGUUAGUCCAGAUUUACAAUUGAACUGUAAGAAAUAUGAGUGCAAAGAAGAAUCAUCAGAUAAUCUGUCUCUCGAAACUCCCUUCGAUGUCGGACUUACGUUGAAGGAUUCCGAGAAAUCAGCUAAAGAUGCUCUUCAAUUGCCAUAUCUCUCAACCCAAACCCAAGAGGGUCUAGUCAACUUACGGCUUUCUGAUAAGAAAGUGCGCGUCGGAGGACAAAUUAUUUAUACUCCGGAUGACGGAGAUGAUCUAGACGACAGUGAUCCUGACGAUGAUUUAAACCUUUAA